UUUUUUUUUUUUUUUAAAUUUGAGUACACUGUAGCUGUCUUCAGACACACCAGAAGAGGGCAUCAGAUCCCAUUACAGAUGGUUGGGAGCCACCAUGUGGUUGUUGGGAAUUGAAUUCAGGACCUCUGGAAGAGCAGGCAGUGCUCUUAACCGCUGAGCCAUCUCUCCAGCUGCUUUAGGUCUUUGAGAAGCAACAAUUACUGCUUUUAUUCACUAGGUAGGGAAAUAACACUUUCAUUACAGGUUAGUUACUCUCUCCAGUUAUUUGUUGUCUGACUGCCAUACUCUAAGGGCUGACUGCAGAGUCAACCCAUGUCUUUUCAGAAGUCUUACUCUUUUACUCUGCGGCCUGCAACAACACGCUCUUGCUUCGAAUUGCGGCCAGGAUUCUUAACUCAAGCUUGUUGGAAACAUCUCUCAAUUUCUACCUGGGCAUAAACUGUCUCCCUUCAACACCUUUGCACUUUUUGGGUGGCAGGAGAGCCACGUUAUAGCACCGCUGUUUACCACAUGUCCUAGAAAGGUCAUUCUACCUCCAGUGGUUUUGGUGUUUCCACAGGAUUUUGUUGCGUCAAUGGGCCCUAGGUAAGCCUUGUGCACAGUGGCAUGCCGUGCUGCUUUUUUUUUUUUUUCUAAACUAACACAUGGCAGUAGAAAGAGAAUGGUGGGCCUGGGGCCGCUCCUCCAAGUAUUCGGCCGCACCCGGCCAAUGAAGCCCAACACCAUGACGCCAGGGGUGGAGAGUUCAGUUCGAGAGCUGUUUGGGUCUCCUGGGCUCUUUCUGCCUUCGUAUAUAACCUUAUCCUCUCCCUAGACCACAGUCCGCUGUUGACCGCGGGCGUUGCUCCGUGCAAGGGCGCGGCCGGUGGGGUAACCAUAGAGUAGCACUCGCAGGCAGAGCGGCCAGAAAACCCGGGCGCCUCUGUGCCGCGCUUCCGGCAGCGCUGCAUUGCCCCGGGCGCUGCAGCGUACGCAGUUUCCAUGGGGACUGAACAUGGCGCCGCGAGGUGAGACUCUGGAGAUAAAAGAUUGUCCUCAACCCCUCUGGAAAUCCUGUUCUUUCUGAAUGGGUGGUACUAUGCUACCUAUUUCCUGCUGGAGCUCCUUAUUUUCCUGUACAAAGGUCUCCUGCUGCCAUACCCAACAGCCAACCUAGUCCUAGAUGUGGUGAUGCUGCUCCUUUAUCUUGGCAUUGAAGUAAUACGAUUGUUUUUUGGUACAAAGGGAAACCUCUGCCAGCGAAAGAUGCCCCUUGGCAUCAGUGUGGCCCUGACCUUCCCUUCUGCCAUGAUGGCUUCCUAUUACCUGCUGCUGCAGACCUACGUGCUCCGCCUAGAAGCUAUUAUGAACAGUAUCUUGCUCUUCUUUUGUGGCUCAGAGCUGCUGCUUGAGAUGCUCACGCUGGCCACUUUCUCCAGUAUGGACAGGAUCUGAAGUACAAGAAUUCCAGUUGGUAGCCCAUCAGGUCACAACCCAUAUCCGUCUGGUACUUCAGCCACACUUGUGAAAAGUGGUAGGUCGAGCUGACCUGGGAAAGGUUUGUGUGGUUUUUCCUCAGCACAGACAUUUGGGCAUUGAGCACCUACCUGAGGCCAGUGGCACCAUCUUUAAACCGGGAUGGAUCAUCAGCAGGAGACUCUUUCCUUUUGUUGAAGGGGCAAGGCUGUCCCCAUCUUGGUGUUUCUAACAGCUUCCUAAUGACUUCAAGUUCUCUUUUGUGGUCAUUAUGGCCAGAGAGAGCUCCUUGUGUGGCCCAUCUAGUUUUGUCUGGCUUCCAGCAGAACCUGAGCCACAGUACCCUGUACGUAACACAUCUGCCCUACAUGACCAUGCAAAGAAAGCCUCAUAAUGGUGGGCUCUUAAGCGGAUUCCAAUGUGUGUUCCCCGUACCCUCCUCCUCAUCCUGCUCAAGGAGAUGGUGAUCUAGAACCCAUUUAGUAGUUCACAGUAGUAUUUUUCUAAUUCUGAUCAUGAAGCAAACACAAAUUUUUUAAAUAAAAAGUAUUUUCUGGUAUGGGGCUGGUUGUCUUUUCCCUAAGAUGCCUCUUUUUUUUUUUUUUCUGACUUAAAAGUGUUAUUCAUAUUAUGUUUUAUUAGGUUAAGGUUUUGUCUACAGAGCUGUUUGUGGCCAUGGGACCGAGGAGGGCCUUACAGCCUCUGGAUUAUUAGUUACAGGUGGUUAAAAACUCUCCUGUGUGCUGGGAAUGUAACCAGAGUUCUCUGAGAACAGUAAUUGCUUUUGCAGCUGAGUUCCCACAAACUGAAUCUUUACAAAUAAAGUCUUCAUUUUCUUUUCCUUCUCUGAUGAGUAAA